GUGGGAAGGACUACGGAAAAGAUGGCGGCGUCCUCAUCGGCAGGACGCGUUUUGACUCUUUGCAAGCAAUUUCAAAAUGUCUGUAGGAUAUCUUCAGCGAUAAAUUCUCAGCACUGUGCUGCUAAUUUGAGCAAAUACCAGUCUCACCUUUACAGGGUAAAGUCUCCACUCCUUGGCCUGUCGUGGUGCAGUCCCAUCAGCUCUGUGGGUCAGUGUCGAGCCCUGCACACAACCAUCAACAGAAGAGGGCUGGAAGAGUUUUUUGACCUACCUGAGAACUGGGGAGAGGCAAAAGUGAAGUCGGCUGCACCAUGGACUGCCAAACAACUGAGAACAAAGAGCAAUGAAGAUUUACACAAACUCUGGUAUGUGCUGUUGAAAGAAAAGAACAUGUUGCUCACACUUGAGCAGGAAUCAAGAAGGCAACGGGUUCAGAUGCCAAGUCCAGAAAGAUUAAGGAAGGUCGACAGGUCGAUGAUCAGACUGGAGACAGUGGUGAAUGAGAGAGAGACUGCACUGCGUCUGCUGCAGACAGGACAGGAGAAGGGCAGACCAGGAGCCUGGAGGAGGAACAUAUUUGGACAUGUCUACUGGUAUCGAUUCAAAGAGUAUGCUAUCCCUUGGUACAUGAAUAAAAGAUACAGGCGAAAGAGGUUCUACACACCCAAGUUUGUCCAACCACACAUAAGGCUGCGCAUAGAGAAACAUCUUCGAGAGAAGGCCAGGAAAGCCAGCUUAGAGAGGGAAACCCAGGCCAAACUCAAGGACAGGUUUCCUCAAAUGAAAGUUCCUGCAUCAUGAUAUUUUACAAUUAAAGCGUUUGACAGCUAUGAGCCUGACUCACGUCAAAUGGUGGUCAAACGGUCCUAUGUAGAUUGAGUGUAUUUUUUUUCAGCUGUUAUUUCAUCCUAUAACGUAAAUUAUGCUAUGGCUGUAAACGUUUCCAUACUUAUUAAAACACAUCUCAUGUA